GAGGAGGAUUACAACGAUGACAACAAGUCAGACGAGGUAGACGAGCAUGACCGCCGCAAUUUCAAAGCGAUCCGCACAAUACCUCGUAAGGCAAUCGAAGCUUUUGUCCUCGGACUUGUCAACUCGAAUAACGACCUCAAAUCACGCACAUGUCGCUUGACACUGCGCAAAGAAGGCUCAUUCCACCACGCGGUGUUCUUGCAAGUCGCGCUUUGUGGAGAAGUGGAGCAAGAGUUUGUUCUCAAGAUCCCAGCCCAUGGUACGCCCGAACUUUGGAAAGAGGGCGAUGCUUGCAUGCUGAGAGGUGAAGCCAGCUUAAUGCAGCAUAUUCGACACCAUACAGAGUGCCCUGUGCCUGAAGUCAUUGCCUUCGAUGAUUCUGUCUCCAACCCAAUCGGUGCGCCAUAUAUCCUAAUGAAGCGGAUGUCUGGUGUCUCCGCGUUGGAUAUGUGGCUUGGUCAGCCGUACAAGACUCUCAAAUCUGGUGAAGAACAUAUGAACGCCGAUGAUCCAUCGCCUGAAACGGAGCGAAAGCGUAUCACCUUUCUGCGGUCUCUCGCUCAUGCUAUGAGCCACUUACAGAAACUCAAUUUUGAUGAGAUAGGCGUUCCGGUCUUCGAAGAAGCAGAAGACAAAUAUCCUCGAUAUUUUGGUCAUCUGUGGCGCUGGCACUCAAAGGUCGCCAUGCAAGAGCUCACACCAAUCGGCCCCUUCGAUACGAGCGAAGAGUUUUUCCUGGCUGGACUGAGCGCGGCAUGGGAUCCUGAGACUAUAUCAGAUCGCGAUCCAAAUGACCCACAAGUUCUGGAAGUAAAGGGUGUACGCAAGGUUCUUGAAAUUGUGUUUGCGUCGCCGCCCUUUGCACCCCUUCGAGCACAUUCAUCUGCCUCUUUCGACGGAACAACAGGUACCGAAGUGAAUACGUCAACCAAAGAGUCCUUCGUACUCCGUCAUGACGAUCUCGACCUGCAGAACAUCCUAGUUGAUGACGAAGGUAAUGUCACCGGCAUAAUCGAUUGGGAUGGCUGUAUGAGCGUUCCGCGAUGCAUAGGCUACACCUCCUUGCCCACUUUCUUACGGCGCGACUGGCUGCCAGAUCACGAUAUGAACCGAGGCCCACACAUGACCUGGAGCCUGGACCGCUACCGAGACCUCUAUGCGCAUGCGAUGAAAGAAUAUUGCAAACCUUCUAGUCCGCUAGCAGAUCCAAAACAGACGGAUGCGAUGUUCACGCGCAAAUCGGCCAUUUAUCAGGCGUUGCAAGCGGCAAUACACGAGGAUUCUGAUGUCCGGGAUAUAGUCACUAAACUACUUAGAGAGAUUCCUGAGUUUAGGCAUGUGGAUAUUGAUCAGCUCCAUUAUCGAUUGGGUCAAGGAUGGCCAGCUGCGGAGCGGGCGCUGACGGAAAAGGCAUAUGAGUUGUUAAAGCCA